AUGGCAAGGAAUCGGAUGGCUCCGCUCAAGCAAUUGAGCAUCCCGCGUCUUGAACUUCAAGCGGCUGUAUUAGCCGUCCGUUUGAACAGCAUCAUCAGAAAGGAGCUCACGAUCACGAUCGAAAGUACUCCCUACUGGAGUGAUUCCAGCACCGUGCUAAAGUACAUAAGAAAUGAGAGUCGUCGCUUCCAUACAUUUGUGGCCAAUCGGGUGUCAGAAAUUCAUGACACUUCGGAUCCASCAGAAUGGAGGCACGUACCUGGCAAGCUUAAUCCGGCCGAUGAAUGUACUCGUGGACUCUCAGCGUCUGAACUGAAUCAACAAUGCAGAUGGCUGAAUGGUCCUCYYUUCCUUUGGCAGCCUUCAGAAGACUGGCCAUUAGAGACCCCAGUCGAAGCGACACUGAAUGAUCAUGAUGAAGAGGUAAAGGUGGACAAGUGGACAGGGCUUAACGKAAAAUCAGACGUUCAUCUACCGGUGGACCCCAAGAAGWUCUCAUCCUGGACUAGAUAUCGUCGGGUGAUCGMUUGGAUCUACCGCUUCAUCCAGAACUGCAGACUGAAGCUGCAAUGCCGAGUGUAUGGACCACUAACUACUACUGAAAUUCGUAAGGCUGAACUCUUUGCGGUGCGAAGAAGUCAAGAAGAAGCAUUUGGGUCAGAUCUUCAGGCUCUAAAGGCAAACAAGCCACUACCAACAACCAGUACUCUUCACACUCUAAGACCAUAUGUUGAUGUUGAUGGAUUCUGCGUGUGGGAGGCCGCUUGA